GUUGGAGAGGGAGGUACUACGGCUGCUGUCUCCCCAAGCCGCCAGUGAACCUCCACCACUUCAUAUCGAAUUUCGCCCGUGGUGGCAAUUAUACACGGUCUUGAAACCCAACUCUUGUGUUUCUUUAGUGUUGUGCUUGUGAGCCGCCCCUGAAAUGUACGUGUUGUGUUGAUGUUGGAAUACGGGAAAUUGAAUGUAUGUCGGUGGUACCUACAAGUGGGGAGGAGGCAUAUUAAGCUUAGUGGCUUCAUCUCGCGGAUAUGUGAGAAGCUUUAAAACGUAUACAGUAUGUUGGUGAAGAAGACCCCUCAGGAUAAUACUGCCAGGACACACAACACGUCAGGUCAGCAGCACACGAGGAAGACGGAAACUAGCGGCAAGAUGCAAAUAGCACAUAGUGAAGAGAUCCGCCAGAGUCUGGACGUGCUGGACCGCGUGUUGUCAGAGUUUGACGACAUUGAGACUGACACCAAUGAUGAGGCCCCGACCCUCGACGCCAUCACCACGACGGACGCCGAGCCUGCAGAGCCUCCGCCUAUAGACCGAACCCUCAAGCCCCGGGAGGCCGUCCCCGUGCCCCCGGAAUUACCCCGGAAGACCCGGCUGCCACGCCCCGGGUCCGGCAGCUCCUCCCCGUCCAGUCAUGAGUACCAGGAGAUUAACUCAGAUGUGUGUGUCAUCCAGCACCCCCCAGAGGUACCAGUUCCUCCCCCAGCGCCCCUCCACUCCCCAGCGGGGCGAGGCGGCGUCAGGAGACAGAUGUCUGAAGACAGGGCGAGACAACGACGACAUGAAGAAGACGGCCGCCGUCAGCCUCGACGACAGCGGAGUGAAGACACGAGACUCCGCCGGGAUGAUAUGUCCUCCAGCUCCGGCGACCUGAUGGACCUGAGGGAGAUGGUGGGCAAGCCUCGGCCCCCCAGGGACACUAGCCGCGGCCGCUCCAGGGAGACCCCCAGGGGCGUCAGGGACAACAGAGAGGUGGUCGGGGCAGCCAGGGAGCCACGACACCUGAGGAAAAGUCGUUCAGGAGACGUGGAGGCCCGACGACACAACCAGGAACAAGGUCGUCGACGACGGUCCCGGUCCUCGGACAGGUGGCUGGACCACGCCGGCCACCAGGACCACCACAUGGACCAGCGCAUGGUCGACCCCGCCUCCAUGUACGACCCCAGGAUGGUUGACCCCAGGAUGAUUGACCCCAGAAUGGUUGACCCCAGGAUGAUUGAUCCUAGAAUGAUCGACCCGAGGUUGAUCGACCCCAGGUACACAGACGAGCCUUACCCACACCCGCAGGACCCAAUCAGAUUCCCUCACUUGAUGAGUUACCCGCCCAUGACACUGCCUGGCCCUAUGUCCCCGGGUAAGAUGUCCCCCGGGGCCAUAUCACCCGUCCCCCCUGGGACACCUAUGGGGCCCCCGUUUUUGCCCAUGGAAUACCCACAUUACCCAGUGUACCCGUAUGACGUAGCUUACAUACCCGACCCGAUGUUGGCGCCAGACCUGCCCUUUCUGCCGCCCCACCCGGCCUACCCGGGAGACAUACCCCCUGAGUACAUCCACCCGGACUUCCUCCCACCGGACUACCCACUCGACUACCCGCUGGAGUACGGGCCACUGCCUCCGCCACCCCACCCGGCUCUGAUGGGCGGCAUGUGGGGGGGCGGGCCGGGACAUCACCCACGAGAGGACUGGCCACCGCCCACAGCCGAGCAGGCCCAGCAGUUGAUCCACAGCGUCGUCAGGAACCCGAGUCGCAGCAGCAGCGGGGACACAGAGAGGGGCGCAGCAGAAGUCUCCCCAGGACACCUGCACCCUGGGGCGAGACGCGGUAGCCGACGCCUGACCUCCAUAGGGCACUCUGACAGCUCCGGGUUAUCAUCUCCUACUGAAGAACGACGUCCCCUCAACAGAAUGCAAUCAAGCUAUCGCACCACUACCCACCCUUAUAGAGACUCUGCGUCAUCAGAAUUUAGGGUGGGAGAGGCAGUCAGAGAUGUGAGUCCAAGAGGGGCAAUUAAGAGUUCGACGUCACUACCACACUUCUCUUCAGGCAAGGACAGUGGGUUUGACGAGACUCCAUUGGUCGAAGAUCCCAACAACUCAGGGGGUCGCGGAAGUCGUCCAGGAGGAGGGUUCAUUGUCUCCGGGGUGUUCAACGACUCUUCCAGAAUGUUUAUCCCGGCUCCUCCGUCUCCAACUCCGGACUACGAUGAUGACGGAGACUCGGACGGGAAUGAAUCUGAUAUACUGCAGGGCUCUCAGUUCUAUGUCGUGACGGAUGCUCAAGGUGAUGUCGUCAAGAAAAAGGUUACCAAUCGGGAUUCUCUGAGUGACGAUAGUCUCCAGAAUGCACCCGUGGCAGCAGGAAAAUCAUCAAAGGCUUCUACACCCGUGAAGAAGCCAACUACACCACUGCAGAACAUGAUUAAAGAGUUCCACCAAGGUUUACCUCCAGUUGAGCAUGAGAACGGUUUCUCCGAUGACUCUCUGGAAGACUCCACAGUUGCCGCAUCCAGACCUUUUUCUAUCAGCCAGAAACCUCAUAGACAAAAUUCUGUGGAAUCGUUGGUGUCGGUGGAGAGUUCUACGGCCUCGUUUGAUUACAUGAAUGCCGGACAAGCAAGAAAUGCCUCCUAUGAGAGACCAAAGUCAAGACCUUCACCUACGACUCCUGGGUCGGGUAGUAAUGUUAAAGGGAACAAUUUGAGAGAUAGAAAAGAUAUUAAUGGCAAAGUGAAAAAAUCUGUUCCCAAGUCAGCAGAAAAUGGCUUUGGUAACAGGGGUAGCUCGAGCAGGGAAGACGAAAGCAAAGGCGACCCAAACAAUUUUAGCAGACAGAGUUCGAGAGAGAGUUCUCACAGCUCGGGAUCAAAUAGCUCAAAACCCGGUGAAAAGUUUGAUACAAUAAGACAUAUGUUGAAAGAAGGUUUAAUUGAAGGUUUAGAUGAGAGUCCACCUCAGUUUAAGCCACCUCCGCCUGCAAAGAAAACACCAAAUGGAUUACAGUCCGAGGAGAGAGCAGAUAGCGGAUUGGGCUCGACGUUUAGUACGACACGAACGGAAGAGAGUGUCGGUAGUGACAACAGAUCUGAUCUCUUUGGUACUCCACCAUCACUAACCUCACCUGAAGAUGCAGAGAAUAUAAGGAAAAUGAAAUCAGAUAAUAGGAAAGGAAAGGAGACAGUUCGCAGUUGCUCCUCCAUUGCCUCAGAAGACAUGGAGAGAAAUCGUGAUGAAGGCGAUGAAGUGGAAAUCCUAAUGCAGGAAACUAUGGAAGUCCCUCCCCUUCCACCACCCAGGGAUGAAUCGAUGCACUGGACGCCUCGAACUACAGCACCUUUAAUUCAAAAGGAUCUAGCCAGAAGUUCGAUAAGAUCAGUGCCAACAACACCUUCCACAUCAAAAAAUGCAAGCUGGCUUCACAACAGCACCUCAGGGAAAGAAGAAAUGAUUGAGGUAGCGUCAAAUCACUCUCACCACCUCGCAGGGGACAAGGUCACACAUGUAGAUGAUCUUUAUGGUCAGAAUGAACAACAGGAGAGUGCAAGCGAAGUCAGCAGUGCUAUUAAUGGUUCACUUGCCACCCAUUAUAGUAUCCAAGAUAAUGACAAUCCACUAACAGAUCGUGAAUUCUUAGAGAAUUUAAAAAAUCUGGAGCCCAGACCUCGCCCCGACACCUUAGCCGUAAUUACCGAAGACCAGGGGAGCAUUGGAUCCCGAGGCAGUCGUUCAGGUCGCCUGCUGUCCAGAAUUGCAGAUUCUGUCCGAAGUGGAAGUAGAACACCGACUCCAUCUUCUUCAUCUAGCUCCACCACUCGUGCCACCACCACUAAACUCACUUCCACCUCAAGAUCUUCCACCCGUAUCCAUGGAGACAUCAUCAGAGAGCCAUGGCGGUCAUCCCUCCGUGAGUCAGCCUUGCCCUCGCCUCAGGAAUACGCUCGCCUUCCGUCACUCAGUCCGUCUGUCGUACCACUAACCCGAGAUGGCUCGGGACGCUUUAGGAGCAUCGAAGAUUUGGCUGAAGCAGUUUCUAUGCCAGAACAAGAUGUUACAUUAUCUGGGAAAAAGAAGAAACACUCCACGUUGCCACCAAACCUCACACCAGGAGACAUGAAGAAAGAGAAUAAAGAACUUCGGCGAGCCACUUCUCUUAUGGUUGGCAAAAAAGGAAAAGCUGGAUGUGAUCAGCCGGAACCAAAGUUGACCACGACUCCAGCAAAGCCACCAACGCCUCAAAACGAUGAGCAGGCAAGCAAAGCACUCGUUUUAUUGCCAGGCAAGGCACAAAAAUACAAAGAAAUAACAAUGACUGGUGUUUGGCACAAAGAAAUUAACAUGAAAUUUGGAGACAAUUUGGAAAUGCUAACUUUUUCCACUCAGAAUUUUAGUAAGUCGCACUUUUUUAACUCAACUGAAGAAACAUGAAAUGUUUUGGUAUCU